AUGGCUCAACAUUAUCAUAUCGCUCACCUUUGUGCCCAUAAACCCAAGGAAUCUAGUAGUCCUUCGACCAUUCUGCAACUCGCAAACGGACUGGUCUCAAAGCCCGUCACGUUCCCGGAGUUGGAGAAUGGUCGAAACCCGAAAGAAUCUGCUGUCAUUGACAUUGUACACGAUGAAGACCUUGCGGACAUCCCAAAAGGAAUCCAGACACCCAAGAAAGUGAUUGUCGUGGGUGCAGGGAUUGCUGGCCUUCGCGCCGCAUCCAUCUUGAAGACCCACGGCGUUGACGUCGUCGUUCUUGAAGCUCGACCAGAUCGCAUAGGCGGUCGUAUCUACACCAGUAGGAGACCAGGCAGUGCACCAAGAGACAUUGGAGCGGCUUGGGCCCACGAAACCUCUCAAAACAAACUAAUUCCACUCAUUGGUCAGCUCAAGAUCGAGCACUACUACGACGAUGGUACUCCCUUGUACUUCACCCGAGGUGGCCGACUCGGAUCUCAAUUCAAGGCCAAGAAGGUCGCCGAUGAAUUCGCCGACUAUUGCGAAUACUACUACGAAGAAAAUCCAGAUGCUGAGGAUAAACCGGCUUUGGAUUUCAUUCAGGAGUGGGUUUUGACCCAUCCAUUGGUUACGGAAGAUGAAAGACUCUGGGCUCCUCAAGUCGCUCGUGAAGUCGAAGCUUGGAUUGGCACCAGUCUUGAACAAGCUUCUUCAAAGCAUUUGGCCUAUUUCGCCAUCGAGAGAAAUCUCUACAUGAAGGGUGGUUACGACACCAUUGUCAAUUGGACCGCCUCGAAUUUGCGCGAUCAGGACAUUAUUCGACUCGGACAUGCUGUCAGCAAGAUUGAAUGGACUGAAAAUGAGAAUGAGCAAUGUGUUGUUCGCACCACGACACAGGAUGGUAAAAAUCCAACUUUCGUGGCGGAUGCCAUUGUUUGUACCCUUCCACUCGGUGUGCUUCAGCACAAUCUGGUUGAAUUCAGUCCUCUGAUGCCAGAAGACCUCACUCUAGGCUUGCAGAGGGUUAGCUAUGGUGCUCUCGGCAAGAUCUUUGUCGAGUUUGAGUCUGUCUUCUGGCCCAAAGACAACGAUCAAUUCAUUUUCUACCCUGAGCCAACAACUGAACCCAUCGAUGAAAGUUCUAUUCUAUCUUACAUGACCGUCACGAGCAACAACUGGAUCAUGGGCGGUCAGACCAAGGAGCUCUCUGUUCAAAUUGUCGAACCAUUGACACAGCGCAUUGAGGCUAUGACUUCCGACAAGGAAAUCUACGCAUUUUUCGAGCCGCUGUUCAAGCUCUUCCGUACCGAACCCUACAAGAAACUCCCGCCGGUGGUGAAUCUGGAAACGACUCACUGGACGCAGGAUCCAUACGCAGGGUUUGGUACAUAUUCUGCCGACAAAGUUGGUGACGAGCCUGAGAUAUGGCACAAUGCUUUGCAAUCGAGGCAAAACAGCAAGCUGCAAUUCGCCGGAGAGCACUGCACGCAGACUGGAAAUGGAUGUGUGCAUGGAGCGUUCGCAUCGGGUGAAACAGCCAGUGUCAACCUCUUAGCAGCUUUGGGUGUCCCUCAUAACGGUGGUGACGCCUUCAGCAAACGUCCUUCCAGGAAAUCACCUCCUAGAAACUAG